AUGCCUUCUGCCAAACGAAUUCGAACUUCGUCCAACCCGGAUUCCAGAGAUGAAUCUUCACCAACGCGCGUACACACUGAUGAUCUCGUGUGGCCUCACAUCUUCCCGUACAAUCGACCUUGGCCAGAGCCAGAAUCAUACAAGGCUGGUCCAGGGAUGAUUAAGAAACUACAGUCGUCAAUACUGAAACUUCGGAUUGGGCGUGAAUUGAAGGUAGUUGAGGUCCACAAGGGAAUUUUGACUACCGCAGCCGAAUAUUUCGAGAAGAUGUUCAAUGGACACCAUGCAGAAGCCAGCACACAGAGUGCUCAAUUUCCAGAAGAUGAUCCGGCAGCAUGGGGACUUCUAAUCGGAUGGUGUUAUACAGAAUUUCUGCCAACAUUACAUGCAGUCGAGACAGAGGAAGGCAUAGAUACCAUCUCCGCCGAAGAAGGACUCACUCGGAUCAAACUCUGCUGUCUAGCGGCGAAGUAUAAUAUGAUGUUAUUGCAUACCAUAGCUGUGGACUCCUUGGUCAAAUUCCUGGGCAAAGACUACGGUGUUAAACCGAAGCUCCCAUGGGAUAUGUUUCGAAGUUAUUGUCUAUACGUAUACGGAUACAGCAUCGAGUCUUGGAAAAGCACCGGUUCUUCCUACGACUGCAAGAAAAUGCUUGAGUUGGCCAUGGAAAUCCCCGAUCUGAUGUCUGACUUCUCCCGCGCCAUACAGGAACAACGAGAAUCAACCUCGCAUACGGGGAAUAUACACCCAUCGGACAUCGACCCAUGUGAAUUCCAUAUUCAUCCAAAGUCAAGUGAUAUUGAGUGCCCUCGAGCUUUCGGAGGAAAGCCCGGUUCUCUACCGUGGCCUUAUCUAUCAGCUCGAUUGCAUUACAUGAGCCAGAACCAUGCACUGAAAGGACAAAGUAUCCGCAAUGUCGUCGAAGUAGAAGAUGAAAUUGGAUGUUCGAGAGGGGACAUCAUCAAUGCUGUGGACAGCUUGAUCUGGCAGCGUGCUAAUAUUGCUUGGCUCGACCGCCCAAAUUGCUUUGCGUUGCUACCGCCCGAGGAGAAGAAAGGAACCAAUUCAGGAAAGCAAAGUAAGUGA